UACAACACACGUCCCUGUGUUGUCCUUGUAUUAUCUCAAAACUUUGCGUCAUUCUUUAUUAGUCAACACACAAUAGCAGUAAACAAGUUGAACAAGUAAUGGCAAUUACUGUGAAAGUAAAUGGUGGAUUCGUUGCUGGUGUGUUUGGGUACACAAUCGCAUUUGCUUUGGUAGUCAUAGGAACGGUGACACCAUCAUGGAUCAUGUUCACACUAUCUGGCAACAACAGAGGCCUAUUCAGCAUAUGUAACAUGGAUGGGUCCUGUGUGCCUAUUGAUACCGUCUCAGACUUGGAGAACACCGUCAAGUACAUGUCGAUAUUUGGUAUCGGUAUGGGUGCUGUUGGCCUGUUGCUGGCAUUAUUCUUCAUGCUGAGAUACAUCAAGACCUCUCCAAACACAGCUCUGUUGGCAAACUGUAGCAUGGUAUUUUCAACCCUGGCAGGUCUUGUAGUGUUUAUUGGCGAUAUGAUAUACGAAGUCAACGUCUACUCUGAAGACAACUUUGGAAACAUGCAAUACAUCUACUCCAGCUUCGGCUACUCGUUUCCUAUGAGCAUCGUCGGCGCCAUCCUGAUGUUCACUGUUGGGCCCAUCCUCUCUAAAUCUGCCAGCAAAAUGGUGUUCGACGGCGUCUAUCCGCCUACAACGUUAUCACAACCAGACCCCACCGUCAUUAUCAACACGCAGUUUUCAUUUGUAAAUCAGGUGGAUGAAUCGUUACAGAAGGUGACAAAACCUAUAGGACCGCCCACUUAUAGUGAAUCACAAAGCAUGUGUCAUGCAGGGUUACCGACAAUACCCCCACCCCCGUACAGUGAAAAGUAAAUUUAAACAACUAGCGUUAGUUUUUAACUUCUGAAGUUGAUCUGAUAAGGACAAGGAUUUGUAAAACUGUGAAGUGUACUUUCAUAAUAUUUGUAUCAUAAAAAGAAAUAUUUUGUCCAUCAAAUUUACAUUUACUUUGCCUAAUAGUUAAAAUUAAUAAAUACCUUUUUUUAAUCAAAUUCACAUUUACUUAGUUUAAGAGUUAACAUCAAUAAAUCAUUUUUGUUUCAUUAAAUUCACAUUUUCUUUCUCUAAAAGUUAAAAUC